AUAAAGUAUGUCGGAAUCCUUUGCCACCAUCGCAGGGGACCAUGCAGAGGCAGGAAACAAUGGCUGAUGAAGCAGGUAAGAAUUUGGGAAAGCCUGAAACUGAAGGGAACCCAAUGAAUAAAGUCAUGGAUCUUUCGCAACCACUUAAGAAGUGCACUAAUAUCCUGCCAUUCAAAAAUCAACUUGCAAGUGAAGAAGAACCCCAUAUUGAGACCCUGGCCAAGGAAAAGGAAGAAGAUGCUGCUGGCAACCAAGACGCCCAUGAGCAGCCCAUGGAGGAAGGACCUGAGGAAAUCAAUGCUGUUAUAAAAAGUGAACUCACGAUGGAAAUUCAGCAGCUGGAAAAAACUUAUAAAAGAAUCUUCCAGUUGCUUGAGGAAGUGGAAGGACCUACAAGAGUCAAGGAGGAAGUUGUUGAAUAUGCCAUCUAUGAAGCAAUGAGGUUCAGAAAUGAACACUUUAUUAACAACUCUAAGAAAGUUAUGGAACUAAUGGUCUUCCUGUCCAGCAGGGAUAAUGAGAACCAAAAUAUAUAACCCUGUUAUGAAAUUGAUCAGUAAAAAGGCAGAAGCAAUUGGCUAUGUUAG